CACCAUACUGUCCAUACGUAAAUAGAGAGCACUUGUCAUCAAAGUUAAAUUCCAAGAGAAUGAAGAAGAUACUAGUAUCAAUCAAGUUUCUGCUUUGUUUAUCUCUGCUCUGUGUUUUGUUCUUAUCAUUUCCUUUACUCCUUCAAUCCUUGAAGCCAUCCCUCAUGCAAUUCUUCAGCUACAUGGUUGAAAAAAGCUACAUGUUCCUUCUCUGCAAUGGCCUCCUUCUUGUUUUAAUAGCCAUCAACUCUGCUCCAAUCAAUGCCUCUUCACCACCAACAACUGAACGUGCUGCUGUAGCUGUUCACAUAGAAGAGAAAAGUAGCCAGUUAGAAUCCAAGGAACCAGACAUUGCAGUUGCAGCACCAAUUGCUGGUGAGGAAACUGAAUCCCCACAUAAAGAAGAAAAGAUUUUGGUGAGAGUAGAACAAGACAAUGUGCUAUCAGAUACCCAAGAAGAAGAAGAAAAAGAAGAAGAAAAAGAAGAAGAAGAAGAAGAAGAAGAAGAAGAAGAAGAAGAAGAAGAAGAAAAAGAAGAAGAAGAAGAAGAGGGAAAUGUCCUUGUGAUCAUUGAUGAAGAUAAGCAUGACACUGAAGAGUUAAAUAAGAAAUGUGAAGAUUUUAUUAAAAGGAUGAAAGCAACGUUCUCUUCCAAUAACUUGGAGCUAAGAGCUGUCGACAGUUUUUAUUUUGAUAAUCAGAAAUUGCCGGUGGCUGUUAAUUAAGUAGUCGUGGAUCUUAGAACAUCAUGUAUCUCCCUUUCUUUUGAACUUAUUUUAACUAACAGGGUGUCUUAGUUUCCGAGUUUUUUUGCCACCCAGAUUUUUGCUUGUAGGAAUUAAAUCCUGCCCUAAAUGGUUCUGUCAGACUAUGUUCCAUGUUCUGUUCUCUGUUCCAAUGGAAACAUCAAGCUCAAUAUUUUAUUAAACGCA